GUCGUGUUGCUUUAACUGCAGUGAGAGUCGUUGAACUGAAAGCGUGCGCGGCUUUGUAUUGCUUGUGUUUGUCUAUUUCAGGAAGAGCAGAGGAAACUCGAGCCCUGCACAAACUGACAUGUGAGUGCGAGCACUGACCCGCGGCAGUCUGAGCUCUGUGUCCGGCUCUUUCAGGCUUUAAAGCGCAGUCCGGCUGGAUUUCCGCGUGAGUUCGAGCGCUGGAAGAGAAAGAAGAUGGUGCUGCGGGUCAGAGAGCAGGCAUGCGAUCGGAGCGCAUGAGUCGCGUGUGUAUCGUGGUCCUGGAGGAGGUGGAAGACGACGAUCCCUCCCCUCUGCAUUCCAAAGCCGCCCCGGACCACAUUUCCCAGAAUUCCUCUCAGGAUGAGAAGCCCUCUCUGAUUAAAGCCAUAUUUAACAGCGACGCAGAUGAAGUUCGCUCUCUCAUAUUCAAGAAAGAAGACGUCAAUGUACAGGACAGUGAGAAGAGAACUCCGCUUCACGCUGCUGCUUACCUGGGCGACGCGGGGGUGAUAGUGGUGCUGAUCAUGUUGUGUGUUAUGGUGAAUGCCAAAGAUAAUAAAUGGCUCACUCCUCUUCAUCGGGCCGUCGCGUCCUGUAGUGAGGAAGCAGUCCAGGUGCUGUUGAAACACUCAGCGGAUGUGAACGCGCGGGAUAAGAACUGGCAGACGCCGCUGCACGUGGCUGCGUCCCAUAAAGCCGUGCGCUGCGCCGAGGCGUUAGUCCCGUUGUUAAGCAACGUCAACGUGUCGGACCGCGCUGGACGUACGCCUCUACACCACGCGGCCUUCAGCGGACACCUGGAGAUGGUUCAGUUGCUGGUGUCCAGAGGCGCAAACAUUAAUGCAUUUGAUAAGAAGGACAGACGAGCCGUUCACUGGGCCGCAUACAUGGGUCAUCUGGAGGUGAUGAAGUUGCUGGUGUCUCACGGCGCUGAGGUUUGCUGUAAGGAUAAGAAAUCAUACAGUCCUCUUCACGCCGCUGCCUCCAGUGGAAUGAUCAACGUCGUCAAAUACCUGCUCCAUCUGGGCGUUGAUAUUAAGGAGCCGAACGCGUAUGGAAACUCUGCUCUGCACCUGGCGUGUUUUAACGGGCAGGACGUGGUGGUGAAUGAGCUGAUCGAAGCAGGCGCUGAUGUCAAUCAGGUGAAUGAGAAGGGCUUCUCCCCGCUGCACUUCACCGCCGCGUCCCGCCAGGGGGCGCUCUGCCUCGAGCUGCUCAUCGCCAACAGAGCCAACAUCAACAGCAAGAGUAAAGACGGUAAAACUCCUCUCCACAUGGCAGCCAUUCAUGGGCGAUACUCCAGAUCGCAGGCCAUCAUACAGAACGGUGCAGAGAUAGACAGCGAGGAUGAGAACGGAAACUCUCCUCUUCAUAUAGCGGCUCGUCACGGUCACGAGCUGCUCAUCAACACUCUCAUAGCCAGCGGUGCGGACACAGCAAAGCGGGGCAUCCACGGAAUGUUCCCACUGCAUCUGGCGGCGCUGAGCGGAUUUUCAGACUGCUGCCGGAAACUGCUCUCCUCAGGUUUUGACGUUGACACGCCGGAUGACUUUGGCAGGACGUGUUUGCAUGCGGCUGCUGCAGGAGGGAAUCUGGAGUGUUUAAAUCUGUUGCUCAACACCGGUGCGGACUUUAAUAGGAAAGACAGAUUUGGGAGGACGGCGCUGCAUUACGCUGCUGCUAACUGUAACUAUCAGUGUGUGUUUGCUCUGGUGGGCUCCGGGGCCAGUGUGAACGAGCGGGACAUCAGGGGCUGCGGUCCUCUGCACUACACCGCUGCCGCAGAUUCAGACGGCAAGUGUCUGGAGUAUCUGUUGAGGAAUGAUGCGAAUCCAGCUCUCAGGGAUAAAGACGGAUACAGCGCCGUUCACUACGCUUCAGCGUACGGCCACCGAGUGUGUCUGGAGCUGAUCACCAAUGAAACGCCGUUAGACGUGCUGAUGGACACGUCUGCAUCAAGCAUCCUACACGACACAGACGUCCAGCCUCCCAUCAGCCCUUUACACCUAGCCGCGUAUCACGGGAUCACCAUCUUGGAGGUUCUGGAGCAGUCAGGUCUUCGAGAGCACAAAACAUCCCGCUCAGCGUGUCUGUCUGCAGCCAUAAACGGUCACUCUGAGUGUCUGCGUUUGCUCAUCCACAACACCGACCAGCAAACUGUCAGCAUUCGUGAUGGGAAGGGGCAGACUCCUCUGAUGUUGGCGGUUCUGGGUGGACACACAGAUUGUGUGCAUCUUCUGUUGAGUGAAGGAGCCAGUGUGGAGGCCAGAGAUAAAUGGGGCAGGACGGCCCUCCACCGCGGGGCAGUAAUGGGUCAUGAGGCGUGUGUGGAGGCUCUGUUGCAGCACGGCUCCAGUCUGCUGGUUCAGGACAGUAGAGGGCGCUCUCCUAUGCACCUGGCGGCUGCCUGCGGUCAUGUAGGUGUUCUGAGGGCCCUUCUGAAGACCCAGAAGACUGUCCUUGUCCUCAAGGAUAACUGUGGUUAUACACCGCUGCACUGGGCCUGUUAUAAUGGUCAUGACGCGUGUGUUGAGCUGCUCUUAGAGCACGAUGUGUUUCAGAAGCCGGAGGGAAACUCCUUCAGUCCGCUGCACUGUGCCGUUAUUAAUGAUAAUGAGUCUGCGGCUGAGAUGCUGAUAGAAACUUUAGGUCCAGCGAUUGUAAACGCCACAGACUCACAGACCAGAACGCCGCUUCAUGCCGCUGCAUACACCGAUCACGUGGAGUGUCUGCAGCUGCUGCUGGGUCACAACGCUCAGGUCAACGCCAUCGACAUGCUGGGAAAAACAGCACUCAUGAUGGCCGCUGAGAACGGACAAACUAACGCCGUCGAGGUGCUGGUGAGCAGCGCUAAAGCUGAUUUGACAUUACAGGACGCUCACAGAAACACAGCACUGCAUCUGGCCUGCAGUAAGGGACAUGAAACCAGUGCCUUGUUAAUCCUUGAGAAGGUGACGGACAGAAACCUCAUCAACUGCACAAACGCAGCGCUGCAGACGCCGCUGCACGUCGCUGCUGGUAACGGACUGACGGUGGUCGUACAGGAGCUGCUGGGUAAAGGAGCCAGUGUCCUCGCCGUGGAUGAGAACGGUUACACUCCAGCUUUGGCUUGUGCUCCGAACAAAGACGUGGCCGACUGUUUGGCGCUGAUACUCUCCUCCAUGAUGCCCAUCUCUCCCAGCAGCACCCGCACCAUGUCGAGUCUCACCUUUACCACCAUCAACCACUACUCCAGUCCAUCCAAGACUGUGACCUUUGACCCAUUACCGGUGCUGCGCUCCGAGCAUGUCUCCUACUGCAAGUUCAACAGCCUGGGCCGCGAGGACGGCCUCAUCAUCCCAGAUGAUGAACUCAAUGAUUCAGACUCAGAAACAUACUAAAACACACCCCUGUCCCGCCCCUCAGUGUCUUAACCUAAUGCCUCAUUGGCUGAAAGGUCACUAUAUGCUAAUUAGGGUCGUCCCUUUAUGACUGGUGUGGCAGAACUCUCAGGAGAAAGUGGAAAACAGGAAGAGAAGUGCCACAGAAAGGGCCCACACUACAGUCUAGUUUGUUUCAGUAUCAACCAGUUUUAACCCUCAAGCAUCUCUACUAAUUAUUUACAGCCAUGUUCAUUUUAUUUUCUUUUAUGAGAAGAAAUCAUCUCAUAUUGGCAGCUGUGGGACUGUAAUUCUCAGCAUUUAUGUAAAACGCGAGGAGGUGAAACUAAAGACGUCAGGGACCAAGAGCUGCAGACUUAACUUUUAUCCCCGUUUGUGCAUGAAGAUUUAAAUUAGGUUUGCAUCAUCAUGGAUUAUUUUUUAUGAAAAAAAAAAAAAAUGAAGAGCAAAAAAGCCUUGCAGGGUUCAAACUGAGUACUUAUUCCUCUGCUGUUGUGAGGAAUUCUAGCGUUCUUCCUGCUGUGUGUGUGAGUGAUUGUGAAUUUGAAUGGUGUUUCUGUGAUUAUUUUAUAUUAUAUUUUAGAGUUCUAAGACAAUUAAAAGAUCAGGUGUGUUAACUUGACCUUUUGGUAUAUUGUUAAUAAUUAUUAAUAAUUCUAGAUAAUAAAUAAUUUUCCCAUAAGA